UACAUCCGCCAUCUUUUUUCUCUAUAGCGUCGAGGAGACUGUCGCCAUAUAAACGCUCGAUUUUGUGUAUCUUACGGUAGAUUUUGUCAAGAAAAAAGAAGUAUUCAAUUUAAAUGGAGUAUAGGCUUUGGGAUUUUUGGCGUUACGGUUGAAGGACUUGCUGAACUGAUCGUUCAAUGUUCGGGUUUCGAGAGGCGAAAACGAUGCCCGUACAGCAAAUUGUCGUUAACCCAGUGACUCUGCAGCAGACAAACAACAAAGACAGAAAAAAUUUGAAACCAAAGUCACCAGAGGGACAAAUAACAACAUCAAUUACGGAAAACAGUAACGACAAACCAAAAGCUCCCCCAAAGAAAAGCAUCUCGAUGACCUCAGUGGUUUCAUCAGCAGAGAUUUGCAGAAUAUGUCACUGUGAGGCAGAACCCGACCAACCUCUGAUCUCUCCAUGUUUGUGUGCUGGGUCUUUGCAGUAUGUUCAUCAGAGUUGCCUCCAGAGAUGGAUCAAAAGCUCAGACACCAAGAAAUGUGAACUCUGUAAAUAUGAGUUCCGCAUGGAAUCAAAAAUGAAGCCCAUAACCAAGUGGAAAGCUCUUGAUAUGACAAGAAGUGAGCGCCGCAAGAUCCUCUGCUCAGUUUCAUUUCAUGUGAUUGCCAUCACAUGUGUGGUGUGGUCACUGUGGGUUCUUAUUGAGCGCACUGCUGAGGAAAUCAGGGAAGGGCAGUUGGAUUGGCCUUUUUGGACCAAACUGGUGGUGGUAGCUAUUGGUUUCACUGGAGGAUUGGUUUUUAUGUAUGUCCAAUGUAAAGUGUAUGUCCAACUCUGGAGGCGCCUGAGAGCAUUUAACCGUAUAAUCUUAGUCAAGGAUGUCCCACAAGAAGGCCCUGAGAAUAUCUAGCAGAGGGCCCCUCUUUGCUGUAAAUAGAUGUCAUAGUGCUGAGUCCAAGGUGAGGUUUCUGUUUUGAGCAGAAUAACUCUCUCUUGUGCUAUGGAGUUUAUGUGGAUGUUGGGCCAUAUAGAUAUUUCAGUAGUGUGUGACAGGCUAUCUCAGCUGCAGAAAAUCUGACAAGGGAUCAACAAGUUUUGUGACCCCAAGUAGUCCACAGAACUCUUCAAAGUGUGAUAUGAUGAUGCUCUGCUCUCUCCAAAAUUGUGACUGCACAGUAUAAGUGUCUUGUCGCACAUAGGCCAGCAGUCUUUCUGAACUUUUGGGGGUCCCCAACUGCUGAAGCGAAUGUAUACGAUGUAGCAAUCACUGAAUAGUGUUUAGUUAGUUAGAUGGAAAUAAUUGGUCAUACAGUCUUCAGAAAAAUCUUAGUUGAAAGAGUGGGUAAAUUACUUUAAACAUGACUCCAACAAAUUGUUUUAAAAUCUCAGUAUAGGAAAAGUGCCUGUAGGGGAUAAGUAAUGUACUGCAAGUAAACUUGUUGGAAAAAAUUAUAGUCACAUGCAUACAGAGAAAUUUUUAGAGUUACAUUUUUUUUUGUAACAUGUGUUGUAAUGACAAAUGAAAGGGUGCUUCAUCUUAGCAAGGAGUUGUAACUAGGUAACAAAAUUGUGUCUAGCAUUCUCUUUGAAUUGCAUGUACAUUAUGUAUUAUCAUGAUAAUUAUUGUAAUAUUAUCAGUAAACCACUGUCCAUUCAUGAAUUACAGCACAGAAUUAUUUUAGUUCUUUAGAAUUCACUACGUACCAUAAAUCAUGAGCUACAUGUAUGCAUGGUAAUGUUUACGGGUUUACAGUACUGCUCAGAUAUAUUUUAACUCAGCAGAUGCAUUUUGUAUACUCAGAGGCAGGGUCUUCAGAUGCACGUACCUCGCUAGUGGCUUUAGAGUAUGUACAGGUAGAUGUCUAAAACAACUUGUGUCUCAAACUAAAGACAUCAAGAAUUUCAUUUUUCUCGAAAAAUAUGCUAGUGGCUUUUGAGUACAUAUAGGUAGAUGUUGAAAACAACUUGUGUCUCAAACUGAAGACAUCAAGAAUUUCAUUUUUCAAGAAAAACAUACUCUUAAGUCACAAAAAAAUUCAAAUCAAUUCAUCAUUGUGAAGGCUGAUUGUGGGAAAAAUUUGUAACAUUGCAUAUGCAGAUAAUUCAACCUGUAAAGUGUACAGGAGGUUUUUGAAUAUAUCAGUCAAAGUGUUGAAGGGCAUCACAACAUCGUCAAACAAUGAUUUGGAGACUUGUGCUCAAGAGGUAACUAAAUCCUACUGGAUAGAGCAGAGAUACAGUAGGAUUACAGUUGGGGAGAGACUUUGGUCACUGAAGGUGAUAUUUGUAUAACUUAUCUCACCUGUCUGUGCUCUUGUCACAUAGUUUUCUUCAUUUUCUGUUAAAAAAAAAUUAAAUUCUUACCUGGUAUGAAACUGGGUAAAUUUGUUGUUUUGCCACAAAAAAAAUAUAAUAAAAAUAAACUGUAAGUUCUUAACUGAUAUUGAAGCCAGUUUUUUUUUUCUUUUCUUCAUUUUCAAUCGUUAAAAGCAAAUUUUUUUGUACAGCGUAUUGAAUAAAGCACAUGUAAGCUGUGUACUGUUGAAUGAAAUAUCCAUUUUAAGUGAAUGUAAAGAAUUAACCAUCCAAAUUGAGACAGGAUGUUGUCUGGUACUUGAUUGUCUGUGUUGUGGAAGUCACCCUAAGGGCAAACAGUUUCUUCUUUUCCAAUGAUUUUCAUUUAUCCUUCCACUUGGAGAUAUCUAGCUGGUGUUAUCUUGGUGUAACACGAAAUUCUUAAAACAGAUUAACAAGGAAAUGUACAUCAGCUGAAUAGGGGAAUUUAAGAGAAUCACAAGUCAGUCAUUAGCUGUCAGGGCAGAGCUGACUAACGUUUGCGCAUGGCUCGAACUUUCGCGGGCUUACGUGUAAAACCAUAGCAAUACCAGUAAAGCGGUGGAAUUUUUGAAAACAUUGAAAAGCUGUCCAAUUUCACAGGUGAAGAAGGGAGUAGAAAUAUUACGUUUAAAACUUUUGAUUAAUUCUAACCUUCAACGGAGGCACAAGAUAUUUUGUGAACACCACAGUUUUAUCCACAAACUGAUGGAUCGUUGCAAUCGUGAGAAUACGAAAAUUAUGUCAGCGUUGUGCUGGGUGGUCCUCGGCGAUAGUUAUAUACUCUAGUUCCCAGAAGAAUGGUUUAAAUUGAUGUGAAUUGUCAACGAUCUGAAUUCUUUUUCUUUUUAAUUCCGCCAUUGUUACUAACGUUUGUAAUGCAAUAGAAUUCGGAUUCGUGACAUGCGCAAACUUUAUUCUGCUAUUUAGGAAGUUACAUGGUGAAUGGUUUGAGGUACUGCUUUGUAGAUAGCAGUCAACCAGCGAUUUUUCUCAGGCAUCAGUAAAGCAUGUACCAGCAUUUAUCUACCUGAGUGUAGUAGUUAUAAACUGUAUUUUAACUGAAACGUAUCCUAAUUGGACAUAAAUGACGAGGGUGUAAAUAUAGCAUUUCUUCGAGUUAUUUUUGUAUCUUGCCUGUCAAUCCACCUUCCACAAGUAAAAUGUAAAUAAGUAAAAAGUUUAAAUAAAAUUAACUGCUUGAA